GCAGUAGUUAGGGUAGAGAGUGAGUUUCACAAUACUUCAUCGAUUUGUGUAAUUUUUGUAGGCGUAAUAGCGAAAAUAAGAUUCAACGACCGAUUAUACUUGUAGUUUAAAGUGUUGAUAAUAAUUACAACGUAGUAUUUUAAGUGUCUAUCGCAUUUACAUUCGAUUUUUUCGUUGGUGAAGUGUGCAGUCACGCCCUAUUGAACUAUAUAGUAUUUCCAGUGUUGCAAAUAUUCACGUGAGUGCCAAAUAAUUUAGUAAGUAAUAAUAUUUUAAAAUGGCCUAUCAACAUCACAAUGGACCACCUCCUCAACCGUAUGCUCCCCCUUAUGAGCCUCAAGCACCACCUCAAUAUGGGGCACCACCUUACGGCGGUGGUCAACCUUACCCUCCGCAACAGCAGCAACCUUACGGUAUGCAGCCACCCUACGGUGGUCAACCUCAACCACCUUAUGGACAACCACAACCUCCUUAUGGUGGACAACAACCACCCUACGGAGCACAGGUACAUUAUGGACCAGGGCCGGGACCAUAUCAACAACCUCCUCCACAACCAUAUUAUCCUCCAACACAACAACAGAAUAACGAGGAUGAUUGUUGCAAAUGGUGCUGUGGCUUAACAUGCCUGUCACUUCUAUGUUGUUGUUUGAUGAAUCAUGAUUAACUCUUAGUCACCUUCCUUAUUGUUGUAUUGUAUUAGAUCAGUUGUAAAUGAAGACUGUUUUUGGAGGGUUUUAAUAUCUGCAAGUAUAUAAAUUAUGAUUAAUUACUUGGAAUGUCCACUUGCUAAGUUUUUAAUUAUUUUGGAUAAUUUUCAAGUUACCAGUCUUUUUAAUUUAAGCUAAUCAUGUAAGUGCACUCAUCUUCGAGAUUAUUUUAGAAUCUUAAAAGCUGACUAUUUUUUUCUCUAACAAUAAGUGAGCACCUUUUUAAAUAUAAUUUAAAUAAAAAGUAUGAAUUUAAAUGUUUAUAAAAACUAUAAUAUUUACUAAACAAUUGAUUUUAUACACAUUUCAAUGCAAUCACAAUCAUCAUCAUCUUGGUGCUACAGCCCUUAGAGGGCCUUGACCUUCUCAAGCUUUCUACGCCAUUCUGUUCUGUCCCUUGCUUGCAUUUUUCAGUUGCCAAUGCAAUAACAAUAUUUGAUUGAAAUUAUUACCUAACUGUGAUGGCAACCCAUCCUAUUUUGUGGAGUUAUAAAGUUUUUCCCAAAGUAAUAAAAGAUUUUUUUACAAUCAACAUAAUUCCACACAAUGCCUUGAGAUGAAACAAAUGUGAUAUGACACAACCAAGGAUUUUUUAGUGAUCCAAUUCUUAGUUUAAGGAAUAUGAGUGCAC